UUACGUGCGCAGGCGUAAUGAGGUGGCCUUUGUUGUCCCUGAAAAUCUGGGCACCACGACGAUGGUUUUAGAGACUGAAGUGUCAUUACAUAAGAACUAAUUAGCUGUCACCGAGUUUACAUGUGUGUGCAAGAUGGAUCCUGGGGAUACAGAUUGGGGAGGGUUAAAUUUGACGGAACCGAAUGAGGUUGACUCAAUGAUUGAUGCUUAUCAGAAGAAUGAUGUGAAUACAAUAGGAUCAGGAGAUGUCCGCUCUGACACAGUGUAUGAUAACACUUCCAUGGGGGUGGACGAUGACUACAUGAACACACUGGUGUUGUAUGAUGGCUACGACAGCUACAAUGAAAGUGGGGAGAGCUCGGAGGAGGAUGAGGAGAAUCAAGGGGACUACUUUUCCUCCUUUCAGACCUUCCCACAGUCAGGCUUCAGUAAACCCACACAGUUUCGCUUCAUGAACGGGAAGGAUGGCAUGGCAACAUGUGAGAAGUGUGGCACAGUUGGUAUCAAACAUGCAUUCUACUCCAAGUCCAAGAGAUUCUGUAGCUUGUCCUGCUCUCGGAGCUUUGCCACGGCCCGCAGAGAGGGCAAGCCGUCACCCCCACCUUAUAAGGAGGAGCCCCCACCAAAGAAACUCCAUGUACUGGCAAGCAAGGGACGGCAGACGCCCAAGAAACAUUCUAAGCAAAGCAUGGGACAUUCUCAAAAGUCUACCACAAGAUUCGAUUCCUUCAGAGUAUUUGACUGGGGUCCGUACCUCGUCUCUACGGGUUCCCAGGCCGCCCCCGUCAGCUGCUUCAAACAUGUGCCGAUGUCUGACUGCUGGGAUCAGAUGACAGUGGGGAUGAAGGUGGAGGUCGCCAACAGCGACAACGAUGUGGCCCGGGAGGUCUACUGGAUAGCAACCGUCAUCAAGAUAGCAGGGUACAAGGCACUGAUGAGGUACGAGGGCUUCAGCAGCGACGCCUCCAAGGACUUCUGGCUGAAUCUGUGCACCCAGGACGUGCACCCAGUGGGGUGGUGUGCCACCGUGGGAAAGCCGCUCGUCCCCCCCAAGACAAUUCAGCACAAGUAUUUGGACUGGAAAGAUUUCCUGGUGAAGAGAUUGACGGGAGCAAGGACAUUGCCCAAUAACUUCUACAAUAAGGUGUUGGAGAGCAUGGAGAACCACAGGUUCCACCGCGGAGUCCAGGUGGAGGUGGUCGACAAGAUGUGUGUGUCCGCCAUGCGGGUCGCCAUCGUGCACGAAGUGAUCGGCGGGCGACUUCGGCUGGCCUACAUGGACAAGAGAGAUGAGAACGAUGAGUUCUGGUGUGACAUGAAGUCUCCUCUCAUCCACCAUGUCGGGUGGGCCCAGCGAGCCGGACACAAGCUUCACGCCACUCCGGAAUACAAGGCCCAGUGUUUGACCAAGAUAACGAUGCAGAAGUUCGACCCAGAUGACUCCAUGCCCGACAUGUUUCCGAAGACGAGUGAACCUCCUCAUGGGUUGAAGUUCCAGGCAGGGAUGAAGCUGGAAGCCAUCGAUCCACUAAACCUCUCCACCAUCUGUGUUGCUACUGUCAUGAAGUGUCUACGGAAUAACUUCUUGAUGAUUGGAAUCGACGGUUCUAUCGCCCAGAACGGAACCGACUGGUUCUGCUACCAUGCCUCCUCGCCGUGUAUCUUCCCUGUUGGCUUCUGUGAAAUCAAUGGCCUUCAGUUGACCCCACCCAGAGGUCAUAAAGGCCCCUUCAAGUGGUUUGACUACUUGAAACACACAAAAGCUGUGGCAGCCCCAGUGAAACUGUUUGACAAGGAAAUUCCAAAACAUGGAUUCAAACCAGGAAUGAAGGUGGAGGCUGUGGACUUGAUGGAGCCAAGGCUGAUCUGUGUUGCCACGGUGACGAAGGUGGUUGGCCGUCUGAUGAAGAUCCAUUUUGAUGGUUGGGAGAAUGACUAUGACCAGUGGGUGGACGCCCAGACUCCGGACCUGUACCCCGUUGGGUGGUGCGAGAUCAUGAGCUACCCUCUGGAAGGACCCCGCAUCAAAACUGAACAGGUAUUGGCUCCGUCCCCACCCAUUCCGAAAAAGAAGAGAGGCAAGACGCAGAUUUACAAGGGACCCAGGAAGAAGAGGAAAUCAAAACCACUAGGAAAGCCUCUGCCACCAAACUUUAAUUUUGUGCCAUCUUUUGGAGAUGAAGAUGAUAUUGUUUGUCCCCCACACGUGCCACUCCCCCCUGAGACAGUUGCCGCUACUCUGCCCCCCCUGCUGGACCCCUCAAACACCAGUGAGCUUGCAAAGCCAGCUACAGUCAAGACAGAAGGGGUGGACACGCCUCAGUUAGGGUCAGUGGAGGUUCCCCCUCCAAUCCUCAGCCCUAAUGGCCCAGUGGACCACACUCCUCCCCCAGCCACCACAACAGUCAUGCCAACCCUCACACAAAACCUUGCCCCAAGGGAAGAUAACUCUAACAAGGAGGAUGGCCCAGCUCUUCCCAGUGUUGAAGCCGUGCCCACUCCAGUUCUCCUGACAACAGUUGAACCAAAAUAAUUCCUGAUGCAAAAUGAGGAUGCAUUCAUUGUUGGCAAAGAAAUGGGAAUCCCCCGACACGACGGCAAGCUGUGCCCAGCCCUGAUGCCGACACAGCCAUCACCCAUGAUACAUCACUGUACAUACACAGGACAUUCAUCUCUUUCAUAAUAACAUAGAAUCGUGACAGCAGCUGACAUAGUUCUCUGUCUCGUUUCAUCAACAUCUGACUGCAUUAAGAUCAACUUGUCCUUUCAGACAUAUUAAGUCAGGGGUCUAGGAACGAGGCAGACCUCAGGAGAAGGGAGGUCAGCCAGUCAACUAUGCAGGAAGAUCAUGCAACAGAUCCGUGUGUGUCGCCAACGACACUUGGACAUCGCCAACGACACUUGGACAUCGGACACAUUUCUGUGAACUGGGUUUUCGUCAUGAGGACAAAGUGCCAUGACACAUCCAACCUCAGGUGAAGAGAGCGGGACCAUAAUAUCUGUCCUUCCGAAUCAGGUUACCAUGGUUACAAUUCAUAGAAAUACUCACCCUUUGGUUUCACCUGUAACAAGGUCAUCCGACUUCAUGAGACCACCAGUAGCAUCUGAUGGAAGAUGGAAGAUGAUGCGGUGAUGUACCAUAUGAUGUACAAUAUGACGUACCAUGUGACGUACCAUGUGGUGAGUUAUAUCCCACAGAGGCUGGUAUGGACUGUCCUCCAAGGUGUGUUAAUCUAGCAUUCACAGAAUAGACAGUGUCGUGACAUCAAGAUUCUCCUUGAUAAGAAUUACAUUAUCUUCAAGAAUAUUUUAUGAUCAUAUUUAUCAUUUAAGCUUUAUUGGAGACGAUGCACUUGUUGUAGCAGACUGAGUUGUUGAAGCCGUGUUGGGACGGAUAGUUACCGUGUCUUGUCAUUCAUAACCGAUCUGUCUCCGUGACUCAGUAUUGCUCUACUUGUGGCUUGUACAAAGCUGUGGUUGACCUGGGCAACAAGGCUAGUCAUAUACUGAAUACAUUGCAAGAAAUUCUACAUUGUAAAAUUCUCCAUCUACUGUACUCCAUGUGAAGCCAUAAUGUGUUGUGAAGAGUAUUUGAUGAACGAGGCAGAUCGACGAUCUUGUCUGCCUUCGACUAGUUGCCUCUAGGAUGGGACUUAAGAGACAACGUUCUUGUUGAAAUUGUGUUCAGAUUAGAAAAUCACCCACCCUUAACUUAUUAACAAAGUUUUUGUAUUACGGGAAUAAUCCUACAAUUGUAGGCACUUGUUUUCAGCAAUGGGUGAAGUAUUUGUGCUGUCUAUUCCAGCGGUCGACCUACAUCAGCAAUGGCCAGGAACAUUUCCAAACGUCUGUGUCAUCAGGAUUUGUUGUGUUGAUAGUGGAUGCAUUCUGGGACUGUAAAUAUUUUACAUGAAUAUUGGGUGAAUUUGAAGCAUUUAUUUAUUUGUUUUGGUUUUGUUUUUAUCCUCUGAGGAGGGACUCUGCAAUUUAGGGUAAGAAAAGGAACAAGUGGUGCUGUUCGUAAGUGCUACCGGCAAUUGUGUGUGUUGUCUGCUCAUAAGCGCUACCGACAAUUGCAUGGGUUGUCUGCUCCUAAGUGUUACCGGCAAUUGUGUGGGUUGUCUGCUCAUAAGUGUUACCGGCAAUUGUGUGGGUUGUCUGCCCCUAAGUGUUAGUGUAAACAAUCAGUGUUUCUGGGUCAAAAGGUUUCCGGAGAAAAGAAUAUUCCUGUGGGAAUAUAUUCCAGUGUUAGUAAGAUACUGGCUGUUGGAAUGAUAUCCACUGGAAACCUUUACCUAGGAUAUUACUCUGUCCUGGAAAGAAUCUCCCGUGGGGAAAUAAAUGUCCUGUUACGGGUUACACUAGAAGCAAUUGCAUGGGUUGUCUUCUCCUAAGUGCUGCAAUUUAAAUAGUGUGAAUUUUUUUUCUUCCUUUCUGUUCUGGCCACUUUCCGCACGAAUUUCAAUGGGAUGCAAAGUUUUCCAAGGAAACAUUAUUUGCAAUACUGUCAUGUGCUGAAUCUAAACCCUGCCAUCCACCGGUGACUUGACCUAGAUAGGUUGUCUACCCAGCCAUCCACCGGUGACUUGACCUAGAUAGGUUGUCUACCCAGCCAUCCACCGGUGACUUGACCUAGAUAGGUUGUCUACCCAGCCAUCCACCGGUGACUUGACCUAGAUAGGUUGUCUACCUAGCCAUCCACCGGUGACUUGACCUAGAUAGGUUGUCUACCCAGCCAUCCACCGGAGUCUUGACCAUGGAUAGGUUGUCUACCCAGCCAUCCACCGGUGUCUUGACCAUGGAUAGGUUGUCUACCCAGCCAUCCACCGGUGACUUGACCUAGAUAGGUUGUCUACCCAGCCAUCCACCGGUGUCCUGACCUAGAUAGGUUGUCUACCCAGCCAUCCACCGGUGACUUGACCAUGGAUAGGUUGUCUACCCAGCCAUCCACCGGUGUCCUGACCUAGAUAGGUUGUCUACCCAGCCAUCCACCGGUGUCCUGACCUAGAUAGGUUGUCUACCCAGCCAUCCACCGGAGUCUUGACCUAGAUAGGUUGUCUACCCAGCCAUCCACCGGUGUCCUGACCUAGAUAGGUUGUCUACCCAGCCAUCCACCGGUGUCUUGACCAUGGACAGGUUAGCAAGAGGUUGAUCGUCAGUGGUCAUCAAGUGAAAUGUUGACAAGUAUGGAGCAAGUGUUCUGCUUUCUGUGUGGAAGAUAUCAUGUGUUCAGAUUUUCAGUUAUUUUAAGCAUGAUCCCUUUGAGGAGUAAAAACAAUGUUAUGCCUGCUCAAAACCUAUAUGAGUGCCAGUCAGUGUUUCACACUCUGAUUUAGACAGUUCACAAACACAUUCUAAAAUCUCCCUUACAUUGGAUCUGACAGUGUUAAUGCUAUGGAACCAGACCUACAGGAUCUCCUUCAAUUUGAUCCAGGGGGCAUGGGGGGCCCAGUUGUUUAUGGCGCAGCAAUUCGCUGUGCAGAGUUACGUCCCUUAGGCAAUCCAGAAAUCUAUGAUUGUGGGUUCGAAUAACAGUUCUGUUUCUAGGUUUGUCAGCACCAAACCCUUGCUCGUGAGUUUCACCGAAGUGGUAAAAGUCCGAGACCUGCAUCACUUCGGACUUUCCUCCAACAUUAAGCUGACACUCCGCGAUUUCACUGGAAUACUGUUAAAAGAGGCAUUAAACCCAACUCACUCGCUCAUUUUGAUGUAAAUGUAAGUGUUGAAGGACAUUAAGUCCAAUUAAUGAACAGAAAGAGAAUUGGGAGCUUAUUCAAAAACAUGACCCAUACAUUUUCUAAAUCAGCAGUUUUCUUCCUUCCUGAGCUGGAAUGUGCAGGCUUCUGUAAGGCCGUCAAGUCCUGUGUAGGAAUUGUUGUAGUGUUUGCUUGUUUGCUUAAUGCCACACUUGCAAUAUUCCAGCUACCGUAUUCGACGUAAUAAGCGCCCCGCUCUAAUAAGCGCCCACGGCGAUAUUUGCUAAUAUAUUGGCUUGUGAACAAUC